GCGCAAUUUCGUGAGUCCUUGGAUGAUCCGCCUGCUGUAGGUUACGCAGCCUGUAAAGGGACACAGUCAAAAUGCAGAGCUGGAAUCAAGUAUAUCGCACUCUGGCAACGGUAAGGAAAAAUUAUGAUAUGCCAAUUACCAGUUCAAGUUGUCCGAAAUAAAUAUAACUAAAAGUUACAUACCUUGGGCAGUUACCCAACGUGAUUUAUGGUGUCCAGGCCUGGCUAGCUACCUAGCAUAGCAUAUGCUAGCUAAAACCCUCAAUUACUUCAUUAGCUAGCUAGCAUCUAGCUAGCCUAUCGUUAGCGAGUACUCUAAAGCUAAAUUGGCUAGCAGUGUUAGCAAGUUUGCGCUUUCUAGCCGUCCCAUUCGAGCCUUGGUGUGUGGCAUGUGCUAACAUUAUUGCUGGUUAGGUUAACAUUAUUGCUUUCAUAAGCUAACGUUAAUGUCAUUACGAAAUAAUCAAUUUCCAAUCAAGCUACUGUAACGUUAACUAGCUAGCUACCUAAGUACCAUUAGCCAACAAGCAUCCCAUCGCGAAUGACGAAGUUGACAUCAUCCCCGACUGUCUGUCAAGCUCGCGAGCUUGUUUGUGGCUGUAAAGAACACCAUCUUGCCCUCUGCUUUGACUGCUUCUAAUGUUACAUCAGUGACUCAAACUGCGCAUUCAACCUGGUUUGUAAAGUUAUUUGAUUCAUUAUAUAGUUAUUAAAAUUUGAACACUGUUGUUAGCUAGCUAACAAGGUAUGUCUUUGAGCAUUUGCUCAAUACUUGAAAACAAGCUACCGUAGUGAGAAUAAUCUGAAACACUUGCUAUCUGUUGAAGUUCAGAUUAUAUUACAUUACCCAUUCCUUUGCAGGAAUUUGUCUUUCAUUCUAGAGCACUGAGUUAGAAAAAGAUAACCAUCAUUUAUACUGACUACACGACAUGGAUGACAACAACCGGUCACACAGCAGAGCCAUAUACGUACAGCACAUGCUGACAUUAUAGUAAAAUCUUUCUGAUUGCUCAUUGGCCCAAUUUGUCCUCUCCUAUCACAUAUAGCGUAGCCACCAACUCCCGAAUAGGCUCCAGGGUGCAACUGUUCUCUCCAUCAGAACAUACUCUGACAAAGCGCAAAGUAAGUCAGCAUUUAUCACUCCAGUGUCUUGCUUGGAAAUCUGACGUUGAAUUGCAUUGAAUUCUACAUCUGGCAGAAAUUAGCGUUUGAAUCAGGAAAGUUCCCUCUCGACCUCUACAAGCCAGAAUGUUGAAUAAAAUGAUAUUUUAACGUACUUUACUGGGGUUGUCCGUGUGGUUGGUCCCUUUGGCGGUAGGAAUGUGAGACAAUAUAUCGACAGGAAAGUAUUACAUCAACUUUUCAAAGCGCUGGUAGUGGAUUACAUUUUACAUUUUAGUCAUUUAGCAGACACUCUUAUCCAGAGCGACGUGCAUAAAUUUUUUCAUACCGGUCCCCCGUGGGAAACGAACCCACAACCCUGGCGUUGCAAGCGCCAUUCUCUACCAACUGAGCUACACGGGACGACAUUCAGAUUUAUAUCACCUGAAGCAUGCUCAGAACCAUGUAAACACCAGCAGGAGCUACGUCUCGUAUGUACACUAUUGGUCAAACGUUUUAGAACACCUACUCAUUCAAGGGUUUUUCUUUAUUUUUACUAUUUUCUACAUUGUAGAAUAAUAGUGAAGAUGGAUAUUAAAACUAUGAAAUAACACAUAUGGAAUCAUGUAGUAACCAAAAAAGUGGUAAACAAAUCAAAAUAUAUUUUAUAUUUGAGAUUCUUCAAAUAGCCACCCUUUGCCUUGACAGCUUUGCACACUCUUGGCAUUCUCUCAACAGCUUCACCUGGAUGCUUUUCCAACAGUCUUGAAGGAGUUCCCACAUAUGCUGAGCACUUGUUGGCUGCUUUUCCUUCACUCUGCGGUCCGACUCAUCCCAAACCAUUUCAAUUUGGUUGAGGUCGGGGGAUUGUGGAGGCCAGGUCAUCUGAUGCGGCACUCCAUCACUCUCAUUCUUGGUCAAAUAGCCCUUACACAGCAUGGAGUGUGUUGGGUCAUUGUCCUGUUGAAAAACAAUUGAUAGUCCCACUAACCCGAAACCAGAUGGGAUGGCGUAUCGCUGCAGAAUGCUGUGGUAGCCAUGCUGGUUAACUGUGCCUUGAAUUCUAAAUAAAUCACAGACUGUGUCACCAGCAAAGCACCCCAAAAUCAUAACACCACCUCCAUGCUUUACGGUCGAAAUACACAUGCGGAGAUCAUCCGUUCACCCACACCGCAUCUCACAAAGACGGCGGUUGGAACCAAAAAUCUCAAAUUUGGACUCCAGACCAAAGGACACAUUUCCACCAGUCUAAUGUCCAUUGCUUGUGUUUCUUGGCCCAAGCAAGUCUCUUCUUCUUAUUGGUGUCCUUUAGUAGUGGUUUCUUUGCAGCAAUUUGACCAUGAAGGCCUGAUUCACACAGUCUCCUCUGAACAGUUGAUGUUGAUGUGUUUGUUACUUGAACUCUGUGAAGCAUUUAUUUGGGCUGCAAUUUCUGAGGCUGGUAACUCUAAUGAACUUAUCUACUGCAGCAGAGGUAACUCUGGGUCUUCCAUUCCUGUGGCGGUCCUCAUGAGAGCCAGUUUCAUCAUAGCGCUUGAUGGUUUUUGUGACUGCACUUGAAUAAACUUUAAAUAUUCUUGACAUUUUCCGGAUUGACUGACCUUAAUGUCUUAAAGUAAUGAUGGACUGUCGUUUCUCUUUGCUUAUUUGAGCUGUUCUUGGCAUAAUAUGGACUUGGUCUUUUACCAAAUAGGGCUACAGUGAGGGGAAAAAAGUAUUUAAUCCCCUGCUGAUUUUGUACAUUUGCCCACUGACAAAGAAAUGAUCAUUCUAUAAUUUUAAUGGUAGGUUUAUUUGAACAGUGAGAGACAGAAUAACAACAAUAAAAUCCAGAAAAACGCAUGUAAAACAUUUUAUAAAUUGAUUUGCAUUUUAAUGAGGGAAAUAAGUAUUUGACCCCUCUGCAAAACAUGAUUUAGUACUUGGUUGCAAAACCCUUGUUGGCAAUCACAGAGAUCAGACGUUUCUUGUAGUUGGCCACCAGGUUUGCACACAUCUCAGGAGGGAUUUUGUCCCACUCCUCUUUGCAGAUCUUCUCCAAGUCAUUAAGGUUUCGAGGCUGACGUUUGGCAACUCGAACCUUCAGCUCCCUCCACAGAUUUUCUAUGGGAUGAAGGUCUGGAGACUGGCUAGGCCACUCCAGGACCUUAAUGUGCUUCUUCUUGAGCCACUCCUUUGUUGCCUUGGCCGGGUGUUUUGGGUCAUUGUAAUGCUGGAAUACCCAUCCACAACCCAUUUUCAAUGCCCUGGCUGAGGGAAGGAGGUUCUCACCCAAGAUUUGACGGUACAUGGCCCCCGUCCAUCGUCCCUUUGAUGCGGUGAAGUUGUCCUGUCCCCUUAGCAGAAAAACACCCCCAAAGAAAGCAUAAUGUUUCCACCUCCAUGUUUGACGGUGGGGAUGGUGUUCUUGGGGUCAUAGGCAGCAUUCCUCCUCCUCCAAACACGGCGAGUUGAGUUGAUGCCAAAGAGCUCCAUUUUGGUCUCAUCUGACCACAACACUUUCACCCAGUUCUCCUCUGAAUCAUUCAGAUGUUCAUUGGCAAACUUCAGAAGGGCAUGUAUAUGUGCUUUCUUGAGCAGAGGGACCUUGCGGGCGCUGCAGGAUUUCAGUCCUUCACGGCGUAUUGUGUUACCAAUUGUUUUCUUGGUGAUUAUGGUCCCAGCUGCCUUGAGAUCAUUGACAAGAUCCUCCCGUGUAGUUCUGGGCUGAUUCCUCACCGUUCUCAUGAUCAUUGCAACUCCACGAGGUGAGAUCUUGCAUGGAGCCCCAGGCCGAGGGAGAUUGACCUUUCUUUUGUGUUUCUUCCAUUUGCGAAUAAUCGCACCAACUGUUGUCACCUUCUCACCAAGCUGCUUGGCGAUGGUCUUGUAGCCCAUUCCAGCCUUGUGUAGGUCUACAAUCUUGUCCCUGACAUCCUUGGAGAGCUCUUUGGUCUUGGCCAUGGUGGAGAGUUUGGAAUCUGAUUGAUUGCUUCUGUGGACAGGUGUCUUUUUAUACAGGUAACAAGAUGAGAUUAGGAGCACUCCCUUUAAGAGUGUGCUCCUAAUCUCAGCUCGUUACCUGUAUAAAAGACACCUGGGAGCCAGAAAUCUUUCUGAUUGAGAGGGGGUCAAAUACUUAUUUCCCUCAUUAAAAUGCAAAUCAAUUUAUAACAUUUUUGACAUGUGUUUUUCUGGAUUUUGUUGUUGUUAUUCUGUCUCUCACUGUUCAAAUAAACCUACCAUAAAAAUUAUAGACUGAUCAUUUCUUUGUCAGUGGGCAAACGUACAAAAUCAGCAGGGGAUCAAAUACUUUUUUCCCUCACUGUAUCUUCUGUAUACCCCCCCUACCUUGUCACAACACAACUGAUUGGCUCAAACGCAUUAAGGAAAGAAAUUCCACAAAUUAACUUUUAAGAAGGCACACCUGUUAAUUGAAAUGAAUUCCAGGUGACUACCUCAUGAAGCUGGUUGAGAGAAUGCCAAGUGUCAUCAAGGCAAAGGGUGGAUAUUUGAAGAAUCUCAAAUAUAAAAUAUAUUUUGAUUUGUUUAACACUUUUUUUUUGGUUACUACAUGAUUCCAUAUGUGCUAUUUCAUAUUUUUGAUGUCUUCACUAUUAUUCUACAAUGUAGAAAAUAGUAAAAAUAAAGAAAAAUCCUUGAAUGAGUACGUGUUCUAAAACUUUUGACCGGUAGUGUAUUUCUAUCACCUGAAGGAUGCUCACAAGAUAAAAAUUACAUACGAUACGUAGCUCGUGCUGGUGUUUACAUGGUUCUGGCCUCCUGUAGCUCAGUUGGUAGAGCAUGGCGCUUGCAACGCCAAGGUUGUGGGUUCGAUUCCCACGGGGGGCCAGUAUGAAAAAUGUAUGCACUCACUAACUGUAAGUCGCUCUGGAUAAGAGCGUCUGCUAAAUGACUAAAAUGUUCUGAGCAUGCUUCAGGUGAUAGAAAUCUGAUGGAACUACCAGCGCUUUGAAAAGUUGAUGUAAUUAUACUUUCCUGUCGAUAUAUUGUCUCACGUUCCUAACGCCAAAAGGACCAACCACAAGGACAACCGGUAAAGUACGUUAAAAUAUCAUUUUAUUCAACAUUCUGGCUUGUAGAGGUUGUGAGAGAACUUUCCUGAUUCUAACGCUAAUUUCUUCCCGACGUAAAAUUCAAUGCGAUUCAACGUCGGGUUUCCAGGCAAUCCAAUGUCCAAUAAGAUAAUUAGCGGCGCUGCACUUAUCAAACUGUAUGCGAACAUAUUCAGAAUGUGAAUGCAAUACCAGUAUGUGCCUCUAACUUGUUGCUCCUCUGAUAAACAUGUUUUUUGCUCUCCUACAGUUGAUGCUGAUGUCACAGUGGUGGGCUCUGGUCCUGGUGGAUAUGUUGCCGCAAUCAAAGCAGCCCAGCUUGGUUUCAAGGUAACGUUAAGUCUUAACUAGGCUAACCCUUCAUUCUGAUCCCCAAGGAGUGGACGAAGCGGAUGGAGUAAAUGUAGGCUUAAGCCUAAUUAAUAGUGAUGCCCAUCUUGUGAUAAUUGUUCAACAACCACGUUUUCUAUUUUACAGACGGUGUGUGUGGAAAAGAAUCCCACCCUAGGCGGGACCUGUUUGAAUGUCGGCUGUAUCCCCUCAAAGGUAAACAUUGUGAAUGAGGAGUUUAUAGAACUUUUACUGGGUGUUAUUGUGCAACACUGCACAAUUUAAUCUGUGAGUUGAGGAUUCAUGGAGAAUGUCUGUUUUCUCGCCUGUCACGUUCUAGGCCCUGCUGAACAACUCCUACCUGUACCACCAGGCCCAUGGCAAGGACUUUGAAAGCAGGGGCAUUGAAAGUAAGAGUUUACAUCAGCUAGACUCGAGCAGUGGUCACCACCAGUCCUGGUCCUAGAGAGCUGAAGGGUGUGCAGGCUUUUGUUGAGUUUUUAGGGAUGCCAGUUACGAACAUUACAUGACCCUCGGUCUUUCUCUGUCUGUGCCAGUCUCGGGAAUCACAUUGAACCUGGAGAAGAUGAUGUCACAGAAGAGCGGGGCAGUCAAAGCACUGACAGGAGGCAUUGCACAUUUAUUCAAACAGAACAAGGUGAGGCCUUACCUACAGUCAGUCCCUCCCUACUUACAUUGUUAAUGAUAGACCUAGUUCACAAAUUAGACAAAUGUAGCUCACUUUAUGGAUAAAUGGCAACUAAAAUAGGGAUCCUGGCAGUCAGCAUCCUAAAAUAUGGGUUAGUUAGUCAGUAUGGUAUAAGCAUGGGUUUGUUUGUCAGACAGACAGUGUAGCAUUAGCUCAUGCAAAACAAUGGGAGUGGUAGAACCUGUUAGCGUGCUCCAAAUAGCAUGCUGAAAUCAAUACCAUUUCAAGUACAAACCACGUUCUAUCCCUUUAUAACCACCAAAACGCUGACAGCGAGAGUAUGACUAAGUUCCUUCAGCUUUGUGAAGAGAUUUCGCCUCAGCAGGAUAAGCUUGAAACAACAGUUUUGACUGUCCUCUAUCUUCUUUGAAUGGAAGCGACCUUCUACGGAUAUUACAUUGUCAAUGGACUUGUCCUUUGUCUUAAACCCACUUGUAAUUUGAAUCCAUCAGUUUGAUACCAAAGCAGGCUGUUUUGAUGCUUCCCUCUGUAUUCUUUGUGUUACAGGGUCGGUAGUGAACUUGACCCCGUCUUUAAUUGAUGAUGUAACUGAUGAUGUAAUGUGGCGGUUUCUCCUCAGGUGACACACGUGAACGGCUAUGGGAAGAUCACAGGCAAGAACCAGGUGACGGCCACGGCUGAGGACGGCAGCGAGCAGGUCAUCAACAGCAAGAACAUCCUCAUCGCCACUGGCUCCGAGGUCACGCCCUUUCCAGGGAUCGAGGUACGUUACUGUACUCUUUAGUAGUAGUUUGUAGCAGGUGACCAGAUGUGUUAGUUGUCCUGGGCAAAGCCGUGUCCUAACUCUCCUAACCUCCUGUGCCGUCAGGUUGAUGAGGACACGGUGGUGUCCUCCACGGGAGCCCUGGACCUGAAGAAGGUGCCUGAGCAUCUCAUCGUCAUCGGAGCCGGAGUCAUCGGGGUGGAGCUGGUGAGGGACCACACACACACACACACACAGGAUUACAGCAUUGUCUGUAAAGAGUAAGUGUCCAUACAAUAAUUGCUUAAUUGGUCCAUUUGCACUGAUGUUCUAAAAUGUUUUGCUGUCUCAGUACCCAACCUGACACACAACACACACAUCACAGGCUGCGGCAGAGCAAAGCCCCUGGAGCACUUAGGGGUAGUGUCUUGCUCAAGGGCACAACGGCGGUAGGUAGUACACAGGGAUAUUGAAACCAGUAACCCUCCAGCUGCCAGAUAACUCCCUGCAGAUUUCCCCACAGGCAUCUCUUGGGGAAUAUCCAGGGUCCAGUCUAACAUCCUGUUUGGCCUCCUGUUCACCAGGGGUCAGUGUGGCAGCGUCUGGGCUCCAAGGUGACAGCGGUGGAGUUCCUGGGCCACGUGGGCGGCUUGGGCAUCGACAUGGAGAUCUCCAAGAACUUCCAGCGCAUCCUUCAGAAGCAGGGCAUGAAGUUCAAGCUGGGCACCAAGGUCAUGGGCGGCAUCAAGAGGCCCGACGGCAAGAUUGACGUGGCGUGAGUUCCAUCCCCCAGUGGAGUGUGUGUGUGUGUGUGUGUAUAGGGUGGAUCUAAAUCUGAAUUAACUAAGUCACUGAAAUGAAUGUGCUUGCAAGUUUCUAGUUAAACAUCAGCAUGUACUGUAUGACCAAAAGGGCUGACCCCAUUUAGUCGACUGUUCGAUUGUUUGGUUGAUAGGCUGUUGGUCGGCCGAGAUUUUUUUUAGUCGAGCAGUGGCAAACAAAUUUUUUUAAAUGAUGGUACAUGUGACACGUCUGAUUGACGCCUGUCUGAGUGGACUAAUCCAUUGCGGAGGCCGCGGGGAUGGCACACCAGUAUCACCAGUACUACAUUUACCCUUAAUUACCAUCAUUUAUCAUCAAAUCAAAUCAAAUUGUAUUUGUCACAUACGCCAAAUACAACAAGUGUAGACCUUACAGUGAAAUGCUUACUUACAAGCCCUUAACCAACAAUGCAAUUUUAAGAAAGAAUACCAAACAAAUACUAAAAAAACAUUAAAUAAUAAUAAGAAAUAUAUAUAAACAGGACCCUGUCUUUCAAAGAUGAUAAUUUGUAAAAAUCCAAAUAACUUCACAGAUCUUCAUUGUAAAGGGUUUAAACACUGUUUCCCAUGCUUGUUCAAUUAACCAUAAACAAUUAAUGAACAUGCACCUGUGGAACAGCUUACAGACGGUAGGCAAUUAAGGUCACAGUAAUGAAAACUUAGGACACUAAAGAAGCCUUUCUACUGACUCUGAAAAACACUCAUCUGCGUGAACAUGCCUUAGGCAUGCUGCAAGGAGGCAUGAGGACUGCAGAUGUGGCCAGGGCAAUACAUUGCAAUGUCCGUACUGUGAGACGCCUAAGACAAGACAGACAGCUGAUCGUCCUCGCAGUGGCAGACCACGUGUAACAACACCUGCACAGGAUCGGUACAUCAGAACAUCACACCUGCGGGACAGGUACAGGAUGGCAACAACAACUGCCUGAGUUACACCAGGAACGCACAAUCCCUCCAUCAGUGCUCAGACUGUCUGCAAUAGGCUGAGAGAGGCUGGACGGAGGGCUUGUAGGCCUGUUGUAAGGCAGGUCCUCACCAGACAUCACCGGCAACAACGUCACCUAUGGGCACAAACCCACCUUCGCUGGACCAGACAGGACUGGCAAAAAGUGCUCUUCACUGAUGAGUUGCGGUUUUGUCUCACCAGGGGUGAUGGUCGGAUUUGCGUUUAUCGUCGAAGGAAUGAGCGUUACACCGAGGCCUGUACUCUGGAGCGGGAUCGAUUUGGAGGUGGAGGGUCCGUCAUGGUCUGGGGCGGUGUGUCACAGCAUCAUCGGACUGAGCUUGUUGUCAUUGCAGGCAAUCUCAACGCUGUGCGUUACAGGGAAGACAUCCUCCUUCUUCAUGUGGUACCCUUCCUGCAGGCUCAUCCUGACAUGACCCUCCAGCAUGACAAUGUCACCAGCCAUUCUGCUCGUUCUGUGCGUGAUUUCCUGCAAGACAGCAAUGUCAGUGUUCUGCCAUGGCCAGCGAAGAGCCCAGAUCUCAAUCCCAUUGAGCACGUCUGGGACCUGUUGGAUCGGAGGGUGAGGGCUAGGGCCAUUCCCCCCAGAAAUGUCCGGGAACUUGCAGGUGCCUUGGUGGAAGAGUGGGGUAACAUCUCACAGCAAGAACUGGCAAAUCUGGUGCAGUCCAUGAGGAGUACUGACUGUUACUUUUUGACCCCCCCUUUGUUCAGGGACACAUUAUUCAAUUUCUGUUAGUCACAUGUCUGUGGUUGUUGUUAAUCUACAAUGCCUGUUUGGUUACGGUAAUUUCUGUUAAUGCAUUCAAUAUAUUAUUAUUACAGUCUUACUCAUUGUAGGAGUGGACACGUUGUUUGCAGAGCGCACAACCUAGGCUACACAACCUAGGCUACACAACCUAGGCUACACAUCACCGCCUGGUAUGGCAACUGCUUGGCCUCUGACCGCAAGGCACUACAGAGGGUAGUGCGUACGGCCCAGUACAUCACUGGGGCAAAGCUCCCUGCCAUCCAGGACCUCUAUACCAGGCGGUGUCAGAGGAAGGCCCUCAAAAUUGUCAAAGACUCCAGCCACCCUAGUCAUAGACUGUUCUCUCUGCUACCGCACGGCAAGCGGUACCGGAGUGCCAAGUCUAGGUCCAAAAGACUUCUCAACAGCUUCUACCCCCAAGCCAUAAGACUCCUGAACAGCUAAUCAUGGCUACCCGGACUAUUUGCACUGCCCCCCCACCCCAUCCUUUUUACGCUGCUGCUACUCUGUUAAGUAUUUAUGCAUAGUCACUUUAACUCUACCCACAUGUACAUAUUACCUCAACUACCUCAACUAGCCGGUGCCCCCGCACAUUGACUAUGCAACGGUACCCCCCUGUAUAUAUAGCCUCCCUACUGUCACUUUAUUUUACUGUAUAUAUAGCCUCCCUACUGUCACUUUAUUUUACUUCUGCUCUUUUUUUCUCAACACUUUUUUGUUGUUGUUUUAUUCUUACUUUUUUGUUUAAAAUAAAUGCACUGUUGGUUAAGGGCUGUAAGUAAGCAUUUCACUGUAAUGUCUGCACCUGUUGUAUUCGGCGCAUGUGACCAAUAAAAUUUGAUUUGAUUUGAUUUGACAACCUAGGCUACACAACCUAGGCUACACAACCUAGGCUACACAACCUAGGCUAGGCUACACAACCUAGGCUAGGCUACACAACCUAGGCUACACAACCUAGGCUACACAACCUAGGCUACACUUAUUUCAUUCCAUUUACGAGUUGUCAAUUUAUUCAUUGACAGGAGCGCUCCAAACAAAAGACAAUCUUGAGUAAGGACAUGCACUGAUUACGCAUAUAGAAGUAGGCCUAGUCUACCUGACCUGCGCGCAAAUGUAGGCCUAGAAAUGUGCCCAUUUGGGGAUCUGACACUAUUUCUUAACUCACCAUUACUGUGGAGCUUCUCAAAUAAAGUUAUUCUUCGCCUCAAACAGCAAGUAAACAAAGUCUGUUUUUACAUACAUUGAGAAUGACAAUAGUUCCUCAAUGUGGCCUAUUUGAAAAAUCUUUCCAGCUCUCGCUCCCUUUCGAUUACCACUCAGCAUGAAAGGGGAAUAAAAUGACAUGGCGUGCUCUGAUCCCUUGGAAACGUCAUAAAAUAGGCCUACCUGAUUACUUAUUAUCCCUUGCACUAAAUAGCCUACAGCUGUGUCUGUCAAUGUGAUUUGUAGGAUAUUUAUUUUUAUCAAUAUAUUUUCUACCUACAGGCUGCAAUGUUUUUAUUUGUUGGCUUUAUGUAGGCUAUUUUUACGUAUUGGCAUUGGCAAUAGAAGUUACUUUUAGAUUUGUAUCAUUUUCAUAAAAAAUGUUGAUUAACCACAUGACAUUGAUUUUGAGAUAUGAAGAUUUUGUUAUAAAUUAAACUGUUCCACGAAAAUGUGCAUAUGAAUAUCAUAACUGGCACGCAGAUCAGUAGAAAUGGUAGGAUAACUUGGCACUCCAAAUGGAAAAGGUUGCCGACCGCUGGUGUAGCCUAUUACCGGCAACUUCAGGAGCUUAACAGCAGAAUCUGCAAAGGCCAGUGGCAGCGGGAGUAGGAGGGGGGUCGGGAACAUGUUUUGUUCUUCUGGUUAGGCUAUAUUGGUCUCUGGCUCCCUCUUUAGUAAUUUGUGUCUUCAAUUUUAAUCACAGUGCUUAAAACAUCAGACAAGCUCAGUAGCCUACAUAUAAUUGAUUGUAUUCAAACAUAGGAAAAAAUUUAUAUAUGGAUUUUUUUUUAAACAUUUCAAUCCAAUUGAUUGGUCGAAAGAACAGACGACUCUCGGUCGACCAAGAUUUGUUUUAGUCUGGGACAGCCCUAAUGACCAAGCACUAACCAAACCUAACCGUGUGUGUUGUCUCUCCAGUGUGGAGGCGGCGGCCGGCGGGAAGAACGAGACUCUGACGUGUGACGUGCUGCUGGUGUGUAUCGGCAGACGGCCCUUCACCAGGAACCUGGGCCUGGAUAACGUGGGCCUGGAGCUGGACAACAGGGGACGCAUCCCUGUCAAUAACCGCUUCCAGACCAAAGUACCCAGGUAGACCUAAACUAGCACUACACCCCUCUGUAAUAUACAACAUCCCCAAGAUAGACAAACUAGCACUACACCCCUCUAUGUAAUAUACACUGAGUGUACAAAACUUUAGGAACAAUUUCAUAAUAUUGAGUUGCACCCCCUUUGGCCCUCAGAACAGCCUCAAUUCAUCAGGGCAAGGACUCUACAAAGUCUCGAAAGUAUUCCACAGGGAUGCUGGCCCAUGUUGACUCCAAUGCUUCACACAGUUGUGUCAAGUUGGCUGGAUGUCCUUUGGAUGUUCUUGAUACACACAGGAAACAGUUGCGUAUGAAAAACCCAGCAGCGUUACAGUUCUUGACACAAACCGCCUGGCACCUACUACCAUACCCCGUUCAAAGGCACUUAAAUCUUUUGUCUUGCCCAUUCACCCUCUGAAUGGCACACAUACACAAUCCAUGUCUCAAUUGUCUCAAGGCUUCAAAAGCAUUCUUUAACCUGUCUCUUCCCCUUCAUCUACACUGAUUUGAAGUGAAUUGAACAAGUGACAUCAAUAAAGGGAUCAUAGCUUUCACCUGGUCAGUCUGUAAUGGAAAGAGGUCUUUCUAAUGUUUUGUACACAAUGCCUGCUUUUUCAAUAUACACCUAAUACUCCAACCGCCUCUCACCAAGAUCUUUCCCUCCUAUUUAUUCUGUUUCCCUCCUUAGUAUCUAUGCCAUUGGUGAUGUGAUUGCUGGGCCCAUGCUGGCACACAAAGCGGAGGACGAGGGCAUCAUCUGCGUGGAAGGCAUUGCCGGGGGCGCCGUGCACAUCGACUACAACUGUGUCCCCUCUGUCAUCUACACACACCCCGAGGUGGCAUGGGUGGGGAAGACAGAGGAGCAGCUCAAAGAGGAGGUGAUGCACACAUCCCCAACCCCACCACACCAACACUCAUAGUUUUGACCAAAUCAAGUAGUGGACAUGGCUUUUAUAUAUAAUGCUCAAUGGAUCAAUGACUUGUUUGGAUUUCAGCUGCUAAAGUGUUGCUAGUUAUGAUUUUAAAACGACAUUGAAAUCCCUGAAGGUGUAAGAGUUAGCCACAGGGUGGCGAUAUACCUUCCCCAAAAUUGUUGACCUAAAAGAGACAAAGUCCCUCAAAGUAAUAAUAAUAAUAAUAUGCCAUUUAGCAGACGCUUUUUCCAAAGCGACUUACAGUCAUGUGUGCAUACAUUUUUACGUAUGGGUGGUCCCGGGGAUCGAACCCACUACCCUGGCGUUACAAGCGCCAUGCUCUACCAAUUGAGCUACAGAGGACCAGUAUUGCACAUGUAGUAUCAACACUGAAACGUGAAAGUAAAACAUAACUGUAACCUCAACUCUAUUUCGCAGGGCAUCCCAUACAAGGUGGGAAAGUUCCCGUUUGCCGCCAACAGCCGAGCCAAAACCAACGCAGACACCGAUGGCCUGGUGAAGAUCCUCGGCCACAAGGAGACCGACCGGAUAUUGGGCGCUCACAUCCUGGGCUCUGUGAGUCACGCCACCUCAGGCUACCUCGCAGAGAGAAUUUGGGCUAUAACAUAUGAAGUUGUACGCUAACUGUGGUGACCCUUUGUGUUUAGGGGGCAGGAGAGAUUAUCAACGAGGCGGCGCUCGCCAUGGAGUACGGCGCGUCCUGCGAGGACGUUGCCAGAGUUUGCCACGCCCAUCCCGUGAGUUAAACACACAAGCAUAGUCAUGUCGUAGAAGUUCAACAAUGCCAUUGAUAUAGGGCCUAGCCACAAUUUCAUUCAAAUGCACACACAUCCACAUUUGUGGAACCACACCACCCACCUGUCAGAAGAUGCCAGUCAAUCUAACCUCCUCUUCUCCCAUCUACCCCUCUCUUCCAGACUGUGUCAGAGGCCUUCAGAGAAGCCAACCUCGCAGCCUCCUUCGGGAAAGCUAUCAACUUUUAACUACUGUCUUCGCUCGCACAGCUGUGUACAUACCCGUUCAGUCCACAACGUCCCCAACCCAGAACUGUCUGUCUGUCUACAAGCAACGCACACCUUAGGAGGGGGACACAUAAUGUACUGUGACCCCCUCAGGGGGAUACUCUAUAUACAUACAAAGACAAACCGUGUACUACAUUUUAAUAUGGUAUAGAAAUGUUCUCAAAGGGGGUUUGGGUGGUAAAAAUAGACCAGAGAUUUCUACUUG